AUGUCGUCGAAUAUUGACCAGGAAGUACAUGAUCCGGUGGCUAAUUUACAUAUGCAACCAUCGAGAGGUAUUCUCAAGUCAAAGAAAAGUAUUGAUGAUGCAAAACAAGAUAUUCUACGUGAAACAAUAUUACCAGCAGUGAAUCAUUGCCUCACAACUGGUAUGACUCGUUCUGAAAGUAAAAGUCAUAAAAUUCCUCAUUUCGAUGAAAUGAAUAUCAUUGCAACCUAUCAUCCAGUUGACAAAGAUUACGGUCACAUGAAAAUCGAAGAGCCUAAAACACCCUAUGCGCCAAAUGAUAUUAUUGAUGAAGAAAUAUUGCCUGAAGCAACAAACAUAGGCAUCGAUCCAAACACACUUGCACAACGAUUGAACCAAUCAAAAUCAUCUACAUCCGAUUCAUCUCAGUCAUAUGCUACUCUUGUACCCGGGGCAUCGAUGGAUGAUGAUAUUGAACUUGCAGGAGACAAGUUGGAACAUCGAAAACAUUUUGAAAGUCAUCGUAAACAGCAUUAUAAUGAAUUUGAAGUUGUUCGAUUACGUAAAAAAGAAAUCGAAGAUGAACUACGCGCUCUCGAACAAGAAGAAAAACAACAGCCAGGAGCCACAGUAACGGUUCCGUACGGAUCUGAAGACGGCAAAGGAAAUGAAACUAAUGUAUCAUCAUCUCGUUCAUCAGUUGAUUCAAUAAAACCAAUAUUAGUUCAUCAUCAGUCAAGAGAUUCAUCAGCAUCGUCUGAUCGCCCUCAUCAUCAUCACCAUGUGCAUGUUGAAGGUAGUGAAGACGAGCAAACACUAACAACUGAAGAACGAGAACGAAAAAGACAAUUUGAAUUAAAACGUAAAAAACACUACAAUGAAUUUCGUGCAGCACAUUUGGCUGAUCGAAACGAUGAUGAACCAGACACGACUGACUAA